CACAACCACUUCAAUUCCCCUAGAAGAUUGAUUUCAAAGUGGCAGCACUGUCUGUCAAAAAAAAUAAUAGAGGCACGUGGGCCCCAUUUGAACGUCAAUUAACAAAUUUCGAACGAUUCAAUCACAACAUGGACAUUCUUAGUCGGCCAGCGGAAGAAUUCGAAAAUGACCAAACCCUGGAGACAAUGUGGGCUAUGAAGGCGUACGAACACGCAGAAAUUUACUAUAACAUUCUGUGUUCAGUUGACGCAAAAUACUUAAAAAUGACGCCUCUCGAUGACGUGAUAUACAAACUUUUUAGGGAAGAGUUUCCGGAUCUUAAGCUUGACGUGAUAUACGAGGAUGAGUUAAAAAGCACCAAAGGCAAACAAAAGUGGAGACCGUUCUGUGAAAGGUUUAAAAAGUGUGUGGAGGACUAUAGUUUCGGGACUUUGUUGAGAGCAGACGCUUCGAAGGACUAUCUCGAAGAUAACACAAUUUUAGUCACACGAAUACAAUUUUAUGCCAUAGAACUCGCCAGGAAUAGAGAAGGCGUGAACGAUAAACUUAGGACGGAAUCGGUGAAGAAAGACGCUGAUUUGAGCAAACUGGACAGCUAGAAGGACACAAGAAAAUUGAUAUUAUUUUUGCAACAAGCCUGAGUUUGAAUUAACGAUGCCGAAUUUUGAAGAAUCGCGACACCAUGUAAACAUUAAAAAAAUAAAACAC